UGCCCAUGAAUCAAGAGAAUAUUGUGUGCCCAUAUUGUUCACAACGGAAACGGCAACUAGACGUAGAAGAAGAGGAAGAAGAAGACGAUGAAAUUGGAGGAAAUCGAAUCGAAUCGAAACAUUUAGGGUUCCUCCUUCCUUGAGAGUUCAGGUCAAGCUUUCUUUCCAAUUUCGCCAUGCCAGAAGAAGAUGUUGUUGAUCAGAAAAGAUACUUUGAGGAAUCUUGCAAACCAAAAUGUGUGAAGCCACUACUUGAAUAUCAGGCGUGUGUCAAGAGGAUCCAAGAUGAUGAGUCUGGCCACAAACAUUGCACUGGGCAAUAUUUUGAUUACUGGCAUUGUGUUGACAAAUGUGUAAGUGUGUGAGUGCUGUUUUUCUGUAUACACCUAAAGUUUCGCGAAACUAAAAUGACAAAGACAGCUACUUGGAGUCUAUUUUUCUUUCCAGGGUUAUAUAAAAUGAUGUGGAUGCUUAACAUUACUACUGCAAACCAUAACUAACACGGGCUCCGUCCGUGUGGGUUUUGUUUCUCUGGCAAACUGCGAUUGCUUUGUUUUCGUACUGAGUUUGUGAUGCGUCCAUUAAUGUUUAAUGAUAAGUGGAGUAAUAAAAAGGAAGAAUCCG